GACACUUGAUGCAAGUUCAUACAUUUCUUCAGCAUCGCUUUCACCGGCGCGCACGAAUCGCUCCACCGGUUCUCGCUGCUCCUCUCAGCCUUUCUGGAUAUUAAACCCACCUUCCGCGCCACCGGCACUGUGAAAGCCACACUUGAUCCAGCUAAUAAAGUGUCCUCCCAACAGGUUCAUCCGUGUUCGAGAAAUGAAUCAUAUUCCACUUUCAUGGAUUUUCCUACAGUGUGCUGCCGUGUUCUUCUCAUCUGGUCUUGCGGAGAAUGCAGUUCUCAAAGGUGGAGAGAGUGGAUCUGAUGAGCUCCCAACAGAGGGCAAGUCUCUUGAUGAACUCAUCAAGUACAACAUGCGGAAGAGUCUAGAUCUGGAUCAGGAGGGCUGCUACCUGCAGCAAGGCAAAAAGGAGUGUCUAGAGGAGUGUGGCUUCAACGCCACAGCCAAGACAAUCUUCAUCAUCCACGGCUGGACGAUGAGCGGGAUGUUCGAGGGCUGGAUGCACAAGCUGGUCGCUGCUGUGAUGCAGCGAGAAAGUGAGGCAAAUGUUGUCGUUGUGGAUUGGAUAUCGCUGGCUCACCAGCUCUACCCUGAUGCAGUCAACAACACCCGCCUUGUCGGAUCCAGCAUUGCCACCUUGCUCGACUGGCUUCAGGAAGAGCAGCAGCUGCCCCUGCAGAAUGUGCACCUGAUUGGCUACAGUUUGGGGGCGCAUGUAGCAGGCUACGCAGGGACAUAUGUACAAGGAACCAUUGGCAGAAUCACUGGUCUAGACCCAGCAGGGCCUAUGUUUGAGGGUGUGGGGGAGCAGAAGCGCCUCUCCCCAGAUGAUGCUGAUUUCGUUGAUGUGCUGCACACCUACACCAGAGAGGCCUUGGGUGUGAGCAUUGGGAUCCAGCAGCCAAUUGGGGACAUCGAUAUCUACCCAAAUGGAGGCGAAGUGCAGCCAGGCUGUUCUCUGGGUGAUGUGCUGUCAAUGGCUGGAAAUUUCAUGGAGGUGAUGAAGUGCGAGCAUGAGCGUGCCGUGCAUUUGUUUGUGGACUCCUUGAUGAACAAGGACCAUAUGAGCUUCGCCUUCCAGUGCACAGGCCCUGAUCGCUUCAAGAAAGGCAUCUGCCUCAGCUGCCGCAAGAACCGCUGCAACAACAUUGGCUACAACGCCAAAAAGAUGCGCAAGAGACGCAACAGUAAGAUGUACCUGAAGACACGCGCCGACACUCCUUUUGGAGGUUACCACUACCAGAUGAAGAUGCACGUAUUCAACAGAAAACAGUCAGACAAUGCAGAUCCCACCUUUUACGUCAAGUUGUAUGGCGCCCACAACGACACAGAAAACGUGUUUGUCGAUGUCCCUGACAGCGUAGGUCUCAACGUGACCAACACCUUCCUGGUGUUCACUGAGGAGGAUAUCGGUGACCUGCUGAAGAUCAGUUUGAUCUGGGAAGGUGCAGCUGACUCCUGGACCUCCGUAUGGAAGAACAUCAAGCAGUCGUUCUGGUCCUGGAAGACCAAGCCCACCAAUCCCGUGCUGGAAAUACGGCGUAUUCGCGUGAAAGCUGGAGAAACACAAAAGAAGUUUACGUUCUGUGCCCAAGACCCUUCAAAAACCGAAAUUUCACCAGGGGAAUCACUAACUUACGUGAAAUGUCGUGAUGGCUGGGAAGUGAAACCAAGAAAACGACUGCCCAUGUAAGGAUUCAGCACUUCCAACAAACAAUGCACGUCACUAUGGGGACCUAAUGUGGAAUAGUGAGAAGCACUGCCUUCUCUCCAUUUGAGCACUUUCGUAGGAGGAGGAUUGAUCAGCGCACGGUGGGAGGGGCUUAAUGAGGUCUCAGACUUGACUGCACCUGGAUGGCUUCCAUUGGUCUCCAGUCACAAUGACUCUGGACUCCAAUGGGACAGCUUGAAAAUGGCCUGAAAACGGCCUGAAAAUGGCGUGCGGGCUGGCAGGCAGAGGGGCCGGGCCUAAACACGGUAAUAUCGCCUGAAGAUUCACAGAACGUUAUGGACUAGUGUCAACUCGGACUGGUGAAGUAGAGUACAGAUCUGUCAGUGGACAUUCACCAGCAAAUGUAGAAGCUGUGUUGUACAUUUUUUAAAAAACUUUUUAUUUAUGAAGAGAGGAAGCACUGCAAGACCAAGCUUAUUUAUCGAAGCACAUCCGCAACAAUGAAGCACAUGUUGAAUGCAUUUUUCCAUAGCUGCAGUAUUUGUAUGUGUGUGUGUGUGUGUGUGUGUGUUAGUGUAUGUGGUGAUGUGUGUCUGUGACCAAGAGGUGUGCCUUUUCUGCUGAGUGAGAUUACUGAAACACUGAGACAACUCAGCUCAUUGCACAUGAUCUGUUCAGAGGUUCUGUGCGUAGUGUUACUGUAUGUGGCUUAUUUUGGGGGUGUGUUUAUGUACAUAAUGUAAAUAAGUUUUUGGAAAAAAAUAAAUUUCACCUGUUAUUUGUACUAACUUG